CCCAUCUCUCACCUCCUGUCUCUCCCCCAACUCUCACCUCCUACCUCUGCCCAUCUCUCACCUCCUGCUUCUGCCUCUCACCUCCAGCCUCUCUCCCAACUUUCACCUCCUGCCUCUCCCUAUCUCUCACCUCAUGCCUCUCCACACCUCUCAUUUACAACCUCUCCCCCAACUCUCACCUCCUGUCUCUCCCCAUCUUUCACCUCGCUCCUGCCUCUCUAUCAACUCACACUUCCAGCCUCUCCCCCAUCCCUCACCUCCUGCCUCUUCCCCGGCAACAUCUCACCUCUUGCCUCCCCCCAAAUAGUUCCCCCAGUGUGCGAUGCAAUUUGCAGUCUCGUUCAAUCAGAUACAGACUUUCUCCUCUCCCCCCAGUGUAACAAGGAGCCAGGACAGCCCCUCCUCUAUACAUCUGCUGCUGCUGCCACCUCCUCCAUCCUCCAACCCACAGAGACAAUAAUAAGCUACUUCUGUACUGUAACUGGAUUGAUGUGCUGCAACAAGGGAACCGGUCCUCCCGCUCAGGUUCCCAUCUCCUUAUACAAGAGAGCAGUGUGCUGACCACCAUGCACUAACCUAGAAGUGGUCCAGAUAGCAGAAGCUGAGUUUGGGUUUCACAUUGUGGCUGCAGGGCCAGUUUUCUAAUGGCACGGUGGCUGAGGGAUUACUUAAAUUUUGGGAGUAAGAGGUCUCCACCUCAGCCUCCCAAGCCCGACUACACGGAAAGUGAAAUCCUACGGGCCUACAGGGCUCAGAAGAGUCUAGAUUUUGAGGACCCAUAUGAGGAGAAGGACAAUGAACAGGGAUCCCAGCCCAGGCUUGAUGAGCUGCAACUGACCAUAGUGUCUCCCAGGCACCGUCUUAUCAAAGUGGAGCCAUCGGAAUGUAAACGGAAACCUCACCUGGGAUCAGAGGAGGAUACUGGAGGAAAGGUCCCCAGUGUCUAUGAUUAUUCUAACCCAUUUGAUUUGAAGAACAAUCCGUAUGAUCAUGAGGAAAUGGAAGAUACCAGUUACAUGGAACCAUAUAACAGUCAGAGACCACCGGAAGAUCAGCACAGCCCAGGGGAGAAGGAGUCUGACAAGGUUCUCCAGCUGUAUGACUCUCCAUAUAAUGAUAAAUACCGGACCAUCCCUCAUGAAAGGUGCCAGCCCUCUGAGGAUGAGAGACCAGCAGAUGAGUAUGACCAGCCCUGGGAGUGGAAGAAAGAUAACAUCAGCCGAGCCUUUGCAGUUCAGUUUGAGGGCUCAGGAUGGCCUUGUGAUUCCCCCCAUUCAAGAGCACGGCUUCUGCAGUCCACUCCCAGGAGCCCGGUAAACCUUCGACCCUCUACUCCGGAGCUUUCUGGUAACCAACGAGAUCACGGGUCCCCUCCUAAAGAUCUACCAGAUGCCCUAAGAGUGCGGAAGGCAAAUUGUGGAGAGCUACAAAGACAAGGGUGGUUCCAUGGUGCGAUGAGCUGCACAGAUGCAGAAAGGCGCUUACACAAGAGUGAAGCAGGGAGCUUCUUGGUGCGCACAGAGGCUGAGAGCAUGUAUUUCCUGUCCGUUAGGGGGCACUACAGCAUCUUGCACGUGAAGCUGACAGGCACGCCAGUUGGUCAGUUCAUGCUCGGCGACAGUGGUCCGUCCUUCCUGUGCAUUCAUGAUCUGGUCCAGCAUUACAGCCAGUGUCCCCUGCUUUUCCCUGGGGAAGGACAAAUAUGCCUGCGACAUCUGGUGUCUGCAGUGACACAAUGAGAUGUAGUAACCAAAUAGUGACUCUUUAAUUGUGACUACACCAUUGACUAACGGUAAAUCACAUGCCUUAAUACUUACAUGAAUGGGAGAAGCAUCAUGGACUAAAUGCCCAUCAUCUAGUGUUGCUGAGGAAACCUUUGUUUGUUAUCUUGCCAAAUACAAAUUUAAUAUCUUUGCAUACUACACAAAAGAGCAGAGUGAAUACAUGAGGGUGCUGGAGGGGAAGAGAUCACUUGCCCGCCACAUGGCCUCUGUAUUGAAGAUCCAUGUCAGGAUGGUUAGUUCUAAAAUAUGGGAGUACAGCUGUUAUGCUUACAGAUUUGGGGGUGGGGGGAGGGGUGGAUUGUGUUCAGUGCCCCGUCCUCUCCAUACAGCAGAGCCAUCCCAUCCCAUAUACCUUCUGCCAGUGGCCAUCUUUCUUGUGGCAUUUUUGGAAAUCUGCAAAGGCACUGGCACAGUGCCAGAGUGUAUGCAAACUUCUGCACAGGCGCCAUUUUUCUUUAUUUCCCACCAAAAAGAUGGCCGCUGACAGCAGGUAUGGGAAGGGGACACUGCACGGCACACAGUGGGAUCUCUUCUGGGUGCACAUUGCUGGAUCUGAGGUUUUGACACCAAUCGUCCCACACCAAGGGGAUUCUACGUAACUUGUCCUAUGGAACAUUGGGGGUCAUUCCGAGUUGUUCGCUCGUUGCCGAUUUUCGCAACGGAGCGAUUAAGGCGAAAAUGCGCAUGGUACGCAGUGCGCAUGCGCUAAGUAUUUUAGCACAAAACUUAGUAGAUUUACUCACGUCUGAACGAAGAAUUUUCAUCGCUGAAGUGAUCGGAGUGUGAUUGACAGGAAGUGGGUGUUUCUGGGCGGAAACUGACCGUUUUCUGGGAGUGUGCGGAAAAACGCAGGCGUGCCAGGAUAAAACGAGGGAGUGUCUGGAGAAACGGGGGAGUGGCUGGCCGAACGCAGGGCGUUUGUGACGUCAAACCAGGAACGAAACUGACUGAACUGAUCGCAGUGUAGGAGUAAGUCUCGAGCUACUCAGAAACUGCUAAGAAUUUUCUAUUCGCAAUUCUGCUAAUCUUUCGUUCGCUAUUCUGCUAAGCUAAGAUACACUCCCAGAGGGUGGCGGCCUAGCGUGUGCAAUGCUGCUAAAAUCUGCUAGCGAGCGAACAACUCGGAAUGAGGGCCUUUAUGGCAAUACUCUGUAGCUGCACCGCUGGGACCUUCCUUUGCACAUAAAACAGAGUGAUUAUGGAAUGAGGAGGCAUUCCCAGGAGAUGAUUUUAGAUGUGCGCAAAGUGAUGGUUUGUGUACAUCUCCGAUGUUUAGUGAACUGCGUAUGCGCAAGACCCGUUCUACACACGUUGUUGGACACAGUGCUCCCAAAGCUGCAACCUGAGUGACAGGUAGUGGCAGCUGGGGGCAGGGCAUGUCGUCCUUGUUUUGUAGGCGUGCUGAAGCCAGGACACAGCAGCCGGCAGGAGGUGGGUAUUUACACAGGACAUCUCCUGCAGAAUUACUAUAUUCUCACACAGCAUCAGUGUAUAUGUCUGCAUCAGGACCUGGGCGCAGUACAAUUGUUGUUACUGUUAUUUAUGCUGAUGAGCUGAAGGUGAGGGCCCCACUCCCUCCUCUGACCACCCGUGACUGCUCUGAGUGUUACUCGGGAAUUAGAUAUGUACGAACUGGCUUUAUUGCUUCAUUCCAGACUUCUAUAUAUCGCUAUCAUUUAAAGCAUUUAUAUAAACAACUGAAUGGUUUUAUGUUUGAAAUCCUUUUCCCUGUCAUAUUAUUCUUUUCUAACGUACUUCCUUAGAAUACUAGAGAUAUGCUCUUGCUGUUGGUCGGACCCCAGAUGGAGUCCCAGAAUGUGAUUUUGGGGGCUCCUUACUGAUACGCAAUAUGUUUUCUUGGGAAAGGCUGCUUUUGUGUUCGCACAUUGGGGGUCACUCUGAGUUAA